UGAUCUCUCGGGCUGUAUUGUUCUGAGACUCUUAAACACCGACUCUCAUAUAAGCAAUGAAUGAAGAAAGGCCCUCACCCUGCACUUUGUAAUUGCAAUAUUUACUGCAAAUUUCCCCUUUCUGCAUACUUCUUGGGAUUUUUCCAAACAAUUAAUACAUUUCCUGGCCACAAUUUACACUCUUCUUCUACCCAACAAUUCAAUUCAAUUCAGUUCCAUCACUUUCUUUCUCUCUCCUCUCACUUCACCCUAUACCCUCCUCCACCUCUCUCCCACAAUUUAAUUAUGCUUUAAAUCACCCCCUUCAAUUUCCUUAUAUAAAAUGCCCUCCAAGCUCCAUCCCCUCAACACAGAUCACUCUGCUGGUGCCGGAGCUUGUUAUGCUUCCACUUUCUCCCUCUCAAUUGACCCUUUUCUCCUCCACACACUGAAUUAGCUUUAGACACAACUUGGAGCUCUUUUCAACCCUUUUUAAGGUAACUUGUUUUUGCAAAAAGAAGAGGCAAAAACCAUGAAUGGCAGAAAUGGAAGCGGUCCAAAGCUUGACUUGAAGUUGAACCUAUCCCCACCAAGGGUUGUUGACCGUAGACUAGAGUCGCCAACUCGAUCAGCUACGGUGUCACCAACAUCACCACCAAGCUCUUGUGUCUCCACUGAGCUCAACCAAGAGGACAACAGCAACAACAACCUCAAAUACUCUAACAGCCCUGAAGCCACUUCCAUGGUCCUCGUAGGUUGCCCUCGCUGUCUCAUGUAUGUGAUGCUUUCUGAGGAUGAUCCCAAAUGCCCCAAAUGCAAAAGCACCGUUUUGCUUGAUUUCCUCCAUGAAGACAACAACAACAACAUAAGGAGGGGAUAGAGUUGUAGAUUACCCUGUUGCCAGUUCUGCAUUCUCUACUGCAAGUAGGACAUGUUAGCUUUUAACCUAGGAAUCCGCUUUUGGAGAUCAUGCUUUUAUCCCAUCUUUUUCAAAAAAAAAUUCUCUGUUAUUUAUUUACCCUUUUAUGAGUAGUGCUACGUGCGCUCCACUUUUUACCUGUCUUUGCUCCACUUAGUGAGGAAAUAACAACAUUAGUCAAAGUAUGCAGAUAGAGUGGAGCGUAAAUAGCACUGUUCUAGUUAUAUAUAGAAAGAAAUUAAGUUACUGGGAAAUUUGAGAAUGUGGGUAGGAGCUGGGACUGGGUUCAG